AUGGAGAGCUAUGUGCCCCUCUGGAUUCUUCAAUCUCAUUCGGAAUCCGACCAAUCAAAUCUCAAGCACCUUUGCCAUAUCGUUACAACCUGCCAUAAUAUUCGCCUCAUCGCUUCGCUAGCCGUCCAAUCUGAUAUGCCUUAUUAUACCCAAGCGAAUAGCGAGAUCCAAUUAUCCAUCCGUGUGGACGAGUAUUAUACUGCUGCAAGAGUAACUUCAUCGCUUGAUGGCGCAUUCGGGUUUAAACUCAGUCCCAGCGCGGCUCUGAUGGAUAAUUUUGGAGGCUCGUUGAAUAUUCCUCGGAACUCAGAAUUGACCUUUGGACGUCAAGGAGACCGCGAUCGUCACAUGAGAAAAAGAUAUGGAUCUUUCAAUAUUCUUGCCCAGCACCCGGACGCAGCAAGGAAUUUCUGUCGUCGCGAUACAAUUUAG